UAGUUUUCUCCAAUGGGUAAAGGUGACUAACAACUAGUUGUCUGUCUGUCACCGGCCCGGUCGCAUCCUAUCGGCAAGGGAAGAGAUGAUGCAUGACUCCUGCGGUGUCCAAAUGGCGAGGGCGCUGAAGCAAGCAGCGCUGUGCCUGAUGCUGCUGCCCCGCUUCUUGCUUGCCGCCGUCAUGCUGUGGCUCCUGGAUAUUUUGUGCAUUAGGAAAAAAGUGCUGCUAAAAAUGGGAGAGGGACAGGACAGCCCGGACGACCCGCCGGUGUGUGUCUCUGACUCAAACAAGAUGUUCACCUUGGAGUCUCUCAGGGCGGUGUGGUAUGGACAGAAACUAGACUUUCUCAAAUCUGCGCACCUCGGGAGCGCUGCGCCGAACACCGAGGUGAUGCUGGUCCAUGAGCGGAGGCAGGUCCGGAUCCUGGACUGCAUGAAAGGGAAGAGACCGCUCAUCCUCAACUUUGGCAGCUGCUCCUGACCGCCAUUCAUGACGCGUCUGGCGGCGUUUCAGCGCCUUGUGAGCCAGUACGAAGACAUUGCGGACUUUUUAGUUGUAUAUAUCGAGGAGGCGCAUCCGUCGGACGGCUGGGUGAGCUCGGACGCUCCGUACCAGAUCCCCAAGCACCGCUGCUUGGAGGACAGACUGAGAGCCGCCCGGCUGAUGCUGGCCGAGGUGCCGAGCAGUAACGUGGUGGUGGAUAAUAUGGACAACUCAUCCAACGCCGCGUACGGAGCCUACUUUGAGAGACUUUACAUCGUGAGGGAUGAGAGGGUGGUUUACCAGGGGGGCAGGGGGCCAGAGGGAUACCGGAUUUCUGAGCUUAGAAACUGGCUGGAGCAAUACAGGAACGAUCUGGUGAAUUCCCAAACAGCGGUGCUCCAUGUGUAGUUUGAAGAUGCUGAACUGCCUGCUGCUCUCAUUCUGCUUAAACGUCCAACUCACAGUGCGAAUAUCCCGAUGCUGCUACCAGAUGUUCACACAUUAUGGCACAUGAUGUUGUUUUUCCUGCGUAAAGACAUUCAGGACUCUUUGACAAAUAGCCUAAAGUCAUGUUAAAGCCUGUUACUAGGCUGUAGGCUGUUAUAUCGUGCGUGUAUUGACCUUAAUUGAUUGCUCAUAGCGAUUGUCUUAUUUUUUGUAUGGAAACUGGAUUCAAUUAGUGAUCACUCUAUUUUUCUACAAUUCUGAUGUGUGUGUGACUGUGUAUAAGUGUAUGUGUGUGUGUGCGUGUGUGUGUGUGUGUGUGUGUGGGUGGGUGUGUGUGUGUGUGUGUGUGUGUGUGUGUGUGUGUGUGUGUGCAUUCAAGCUGAUGUCUCGCGCCGGUGUUUCUGUGAAGUUCGGUUUUUAAAAGGCAAAGCCAGAAAACUGACACUGAUGUUUCUGACACCGGCAGAGGGUUUCAUGUCAGCAGGAUGCCUUCAUCCAUGAUCGAUUGCCAAACGAUGUAAUGUUGAAAACAAUGUAAUGAACAAAAUGUUCCUAAUAAAUGUCAAAUCACACA